AUGGCCAGUACAAAUCGAGACGACUAUGUUACCGACUCCAGUUCUGAUUUCACGGAGUACUGGAUAGAUUUGUUUUUGGGAAUUAAAGGUAAUGAAUAUUUUUGUGAUAUUGAUGACGAAUAUAUUCGUGAUCGAUUCAAUUUAACUGGUUUAAAUCAAGAAGUUAGUAAAUUACCAACGUUGAUAGAUAUAAUAACUGAUAUUGUUGAUAUAGAACUGCACCCGGAAGAACAUCGAGACACACUUGAGCAUAAUGCUAGAAUCUUAUAUGGAUUAAUCCAUGCGAGAUAUAUUUUGACUUCCAGGGGGUUAACUAAAAUGUUUGAAAAAUAUAGAAACGGUGAUUUUGGUUACUGUCCUAGAGUACAUUGUCAAUUACAUCCUCUUUUACCUAUUGGAUUGAACGACCAACCAAGACUUACUACUGUUAAGUUAUACUGUGCCAAAUGUGAAGAUCUAUAUAAUCCGAAGUCUGGUAGACAUUCGAUUGUCGAUGGGGCUUAUUUUGGUACUUCAUUCCCAGCCAUGUUUUUCCAAAAUUUCCCCCAAGUCAUACCAAUUCAUAGUAAAGAUACUUAUGUUCCCAAAGUGUUUGGAUUCGAUGUUCACGAGUACUCUAAAUUGGAUAGAUGGCGCAGAUUGCAAAGAGCGAAACUAGAGAAAAGACUUACUGAUAAUGGAAUUGAAUUGAAUAAUGUUGUUGGAGGGUUUAUCAGUGAUGAUGCAACCACUACUAUCAGCACUUUAUCUAAUAAAUAA